AUGAAAGAGCUCUCCGUUUCCGCGGCAGCGCCCGCCGCCGCCAACGGCGCCGCCGCCGCGCCGUCGCUGCUGGACUCGAUGCUGCGCUCCAUCAUAUCUGUCCUCCAGGCCCGCAGCUGCGCCACGGAGCAGCUCGUGCUGUCGGAGUGCGUGCACGGCGGCGCGCCCAGCCCCGGCAUCAGCGGGGUCGUCGACGUCGCCGGCGCCGCGCGCAGCCGCUGCGCGCGCUGCGUGCGCGCGCUGCGCAUGUGCGAGAGCAUGACACACCAGGCCCAGGCGCUGCAGCCCGGCCAGCCGGGCGCCUUCAUGGCUUGA